CGGCGGCUCGGCCCGGAGUCCCGCUCCCGCGCCAUUUCGGACCCGGAGCGAGCGCGGCGCGGGCCUGAAGGCGGCGGCGGGAGCCUGAGGCGCGGCGGCUCCGCGGCGCGGAGAGAGGCCUGCUGAAAAUGACUGAGUAUAAACUUGUGGUAGUUGGAGCUGGUGGCGUAGGCAAGAGUGCCUUGACGAUACAGCUAAUUCAGAAUCACUUUGUGGAUGAAUAUGAUCCUACGAUAGAGGAUUCCUACAGGAAACAAGUAGUAAUUGAUGGAGAAACCUGUCUCUUGGAUAUUCUCGACACAGCAGGUCAAGAGGAGUACAGUGCAAUGAGGGACCAGUACAUGAGAACUGGGGAGGGCUUUCUUUGUGUAUUUGCCAUAAAUAAUACUAAAUCAUUUGAAGAUAUUCACCAUUAUAGAGAACAAAUUAAAAGAGUAAAGGACUCUGAAGAUGUGCCUAUGGUCCUGGUAGGGAAUAAGUGUGAUUUGCCUUCUAGAACAGUAGACACGAAACAGGCUCAGGAGUUAGCAAGGAGUUACGGGAUUCCGUUCAUUGAGACCUCAGCAAAGACAAGACAGAGAGUGGAGGAUGCUUUUUAUACAUUGGUGAGAGAGAUCCGACAGUACAGAUUGAAAAAAAUCAGCAAAGAAGAAAAGACUCCUGGCUGUGUGAAAAUUAAAAAAUGCGUUAUAAUGGGUGUUGACGAUGCCUUCUAUACAUUAGUCCGAGAAAUUCGAAAACAUAAAGAAAAGAUGAGCAAAGAUGGGAAAAAGAAGAAGAAGAAGUCAAGGACAAGGUGUAUAGUUAUGUGAAUAAUUUGUACUCUUUCUUAAGGCACACUUAAGUAAAAGUGUGAUUUUUGUACAUUACACUAAAUUAUUAGCAUUUGUUUUAGCAUUACCUAAUCUUUUUUUUUUUUUUUUCUGUUCGUGCAAACUGUCAGCUUUUAUCUUAAAUGCUUAUUUUAAAAGAACAGUGGAAACCUUCUUUUCUCUAAGUGCCAGUAUUCCCUGGGUUUUGGACUUAAACUAGCAAUGCCUGUGGAAGAGACUAAAGACCUGAGACUCAGUCUUGGGAUUUUGGUGCAUGCAGUUGAUUCCUUGCUAGUUCUCUUACCAACUGUGAACAUUGGUGUGAACCAGAAUAAUGAAGCUUUUGAACCAUCCCUGCUCUGUGUUCCAUCUAGUCAUCAAAUGGAUUCUGUAGUAAUCGCAGCUUCACUUGAGACCUUGUGGUUGGUUCUCCUGAGACUGAGAGAUCACAGACUUAGGGCUUCCCUUUGAUUCACGUCCAGCAUGUCCUAGAGUUUAUCAUCCUUCAGAAGUGUAGGCAGACUGUUCACAAAGGCUUUCUCUAGCUUUCCACUGCUAUUAAUCUUGGUCACUCCCUCAAAUAGUAUAUUUUUUCUAGAAAAGGGGAAAAAUGGAAAAAAAAAAGGCAAUGGAAAAUGUUGAAAUCAUUCAGUUUCCAUGUUAGCUAAAUUACUGUAAGAUUCCUAUAAUAGCUUUUCUUGGUAAGGCAGACCCAGUAUGAAAUAGUAAUAACCAUUUGGGCUAUAUUUACAUGCUACUAAAUUUUUAUAAUAAUUCAAACAACUUUAGCAUAUAUAAAAAGUUCUCCUAAGAAUUAAGUACGAUUCCCCUUUGUCAGAUUGUUCUUAUCCUAACUUUCAAGUCUUUUUUGAAUUUAUGUUGUUGAAAGUAGUUUUAAUGGUUGUGAAGCUGAAGAUGAUCUGAGGCAGUUAUAGCUUGGCAGGUGUUGAGGAGACCAGAGUUGCAGGGUUGGGCCUUACAUGAACCUGUGAUGAACGCUACUGGGUUUUGUAGCACUGCUGCAUUCAAUGUUGGCUAUGCAUUGUUUGGUCAACAUGGGGGAUAAAGAGAGUUUGAUGGCUUAGUAUAAUGCAUUCUCAUCAUGUAACAGUCCUACUGACAAAUCAAGAAAUUUCUUUUGUUUAUAAUAAUAAAAAAAUUUUAAAAAAAUUUCGAUGUUUGCUUCAAGGUUGAGAUUUUGGGGUAGGAGGCUACAACAAGAGUAAAUCUUUAAAGCAGUGUUUUAAGAAGGUUUGAAAAUGCAGGUUUGACUAGUCUCUCAAUUCUAGCUGAACAAACAUUUCCUAGGUACUUCCCAAAUCUGAUAGGAAUUUAAAAUUAUCUAAUGUUUUAAGAAUAGAUAACAGGAAAAACAAUCUUUCAGUGUACUUAAAGCAUCCCCUCACAAAAUUUGAAAUGAGAUGGAAAUAUCACUGGACUAUGAGGACUGGAUAUCUGUCUUUUAGAAGUCUGACUUUAAGCAAAUCACUGUCUGCUUGGUUUUGAAUCAUCUCAAAGACAUUAACCUCCCAGCCGCGUAACAUAGUUUACAUAUUGACACACGUAGUUGUCAAGCUCAGCACAAUCUGUAACUGUUUUACAUGGAUUGACAUCUUCACUGCCAGUCUUGGGCAAAUUGUGCAAGAGGUAAAAUUUAUAUUUCAGUAUCCAUUCUCCAAUUUCAGGACUCCCCUCGAACAUGCUGGCUUUCAGCCUGUCUUCCCACAUGCCCAUCACUUAGUGUAGUUUUAAUAAUUUCCCCCACUUCAAACUUUGUUUCCACUAUGGACAACUUCAUGAAUUUUGCCCACUAAGGUAGGUACAUCAAAGGUGCCCUAUGGCUUUCUUCCCCAGGACUUAAAAUAACAGACACCAUAGUGGGAUUUGAAUUAAUAGAUGGUUUUCAGGGCCACUACAACAAUUCAAUCUCAAUCCUUUGGACUUCAUUCCUGCUGCCCAGCCCACUGGUGCCUCAGUAGGAAUUUUCAAAAUUAGUGUGGAGAGAACACAGUCCAGUGGAAGGUGAGCUUAAUCUUCAUCUAGCCAUCAUCCUGGUAAGUGAUAGAUUCUAUUGUUUUAAUAAAUACAGUCUAACAAUGAAAAACACUUUGAAGUUUCUAUCAUAAAGCUCUUUUUUAAAAUUUUAUUUACUCAAUAUUUAUUCAGUACUUAUCAUCUUCUGGGAAUUACACUAGGCACUUGGAGUGCGGUGUCCUCAAUAAGGGAUACAAUCCUUGGCCAGUGGUAUGUAGCGUGAUCUGUAAUACUACUAAAUAAGGCAUAUAGCAUAUGACUUAGAUAUAAUGAAAUACAUGAUUUUAGUUUUGCAGAGAGGAGUUUGGGUUUAUACAUUUUUUUCCCCCUCAGUUUAGCAAGAAUUGUUUGCUGUGAAUCCAAUGCAACUUUUAAAUCAAACUACUUUAUAUAAUUAUUUCAUUUUUCUAAAGGAACAGAAGUACCCUAAACUAUUUUUUUUGAAAUGUUCUAAACUGUACAUAUUUAUUCUUUGGGUGGAUUUUAAGUCUUAAAAUGCAAUUAGUAACACUUCUCAAUUCUAUACAGAGGAACAGGUGUACUUCAAAAGCUACAGUGUAUAAUCAGAUAUUUUUAAUGUUUCUGGGCAAUGUGUUAAAGAAGUGGUAAUUACCACUAUGUAAAUUUGAAUUGUGUUACACUUUGGUUAACAAAAGGGGAAAGAAUCCUAGAAACAAAUAGGUUAUCUAGUUUCUGCAGCCUUAAAGUCCUUGUUGAAGUUGAAAAGCAAUGCUAAGUUACAGUCAUAGGUAUUAACAUGUUUAUGGGAAGAAUAUAGUAGGCAAAUACAAUGAGAAAAUAUUUUCAAUAGGGAAUUUUAGGCUCUACUGACUGAGUCACACUGCAUAGGAAUUUAGAUCUUAACUUUUAUAGGUUAUCGACCCUUGCCACCAUUGCACAAUUUUGUCCUAACAUACAUAACAUGUUCUGUGAGGCAUGUCAAAAGUUACAGUUUGCACAAAUUCAUCUCAUUUUGUACUCCACUGAUUUUUCCAUUUUCCCCAAACAUACAUACACACACACACACACACACACACACACACACACACACACACACACACACGAAGGGUUUUUUUGUAGGCAAUAAAAAUUAAACUAAUUUCCUUUUGUUAAAAAGUAGUGAUUUCUUGAGAAUUGUGUAGUCAUUUUUUAAACCCAAAAGUUAUUUAAAGGUGAAUUUAUACUCAAUAACUUCUGUGUAAUACUGGGUAGCAUGAAUUCUGCAUUGAAAAAUUGAACAGAUAAUACCAAUAGCUGUAAAUUCUGUCAAAAAAUGAAAAUUAUUUCUAAAGAAGUAUAUUAGUUUUCAAACAGUUAAUUAGAUUCAGAUUUGUGGUUUAGUUCAAUAGUUUGAGGUGCCUGUUUAGGAUGGUGGUAGGCAUUUUAGAUAAAUUUGGGAAAAAUAAAGUUCUGCAAAAAUGCCAAUUACAGACUCUCCCCUAACCAGCUAAGUGGGCUAUGUGCUGUUUUAGUUCCAGGUCCCCAAUUCCACUGUCUCAUGUCUUCAUGUUGAAAACACUUCUGCAUUUUUAUUUGAGUGCCAAUUUCUUACUAGUGCUAUUUCUUAAUGUAACAUGUUUACCUGGAAUGUAUUUUAACUAUUUUUGUAUAGUGUAAACUGAAACAUGCACAUUUUGUACAUUGUGCUUUCCUUCCUUCCAUUCCUUUGCUUUCUGUUGUUUUGUUUGUUUGUUUUUUGUUUGUUAUGGGACAUAUGCAGUGUGAUCCAAUUGUUUUCCAUCCUUUGGUUGUGCUGACCUAGGGAAUGUUGGUCAUAUCAAACAUUAAAUUUAAAAAUGACCACUCUUAAUUAAAAUUAACUUUUAAAUGUUUAUAGGAGUACGUGCUGUGAAGUGAUCUGAAAUUUGUAAUAUUUUUGUCAUGAACCGUACUGCUCCUAAUCAUUGUAAUGUAAUAAAAAUAGUUAUGGUGACUAUGAA